GGAGGGAGGAAGCAUAAAGCAGUGCAUAUUUUCAUUCUCGAUACUGGGCAGGAUGAUCAUGUUAUAGUGCUUUUAGAUGAUUACCUAAAACAGGUUGAUAGAACAUGUAAAAUAAUUAAGGAAAGGAAACAAGGUGAACUUGAAGUUUUUGAGUGGCUUCAAGUGCAUGUUAUUGCAUCCAAGCUAGAAACUAGGAUUGAACAUCUAGAACUUGUGAGUGAUCCAAACAUCAAUGGACUUAGUUGUUCGUUUACGUUUUAUGUUGCUGGAAGGAAAGAAGUCCUUUCUCUUUUAAAUCGUAGGAGAUGUAAAGGGAUGAUGUUGGUCCAUUUGGAAAGGAAGCGCCUUUAAUUGUUUCUUGAUGUAAGGUUUCACUUUCUUUGCUUGAUUGGACUUGCUCUCAAAACUGCUCAUACACCAACUGCCAUAGGUGUUUGCGUCUCAAAAGAUUAGCUUCCAAGAAGACAUUACUAGCAAUGACAGUUGGACUAUAUUGCUUCUCUUCUGGUUCAGUCUUGAAUAUGAGGUGUAGUUACUAGUACACUGGAGUCAUUAGCUUUUAAUGCUUUAUAUCAUGAUGAAAAAUUUUAAUCAGGUUGGUUAAUACACUGUCAUGCAAUCAGGCACAUUGGCAUUGAAUGCUGGAUGAAGUGAGCGUCUUCUCUUCUAAGUUUUGUAUUAUUCAUUUAUUUGCCAACCUUGACUGAUUAAUUGCUGUAAGACUCAACUCUAAUAAUACUUCAGUUGAUUGCA